AUGACUGGCCUGUUUAAUCAAAAGCCAGCCCUUCCACGCUACUCUGAGACUUGGGACCCCCAAAUAGUGCUUAACCACCUUAAGACAUUUCCAGCUAUUGAUGAUAUGUCACUGAAACAGCUUACCCUGAAACUGGUCAUGCUUAUGGCCCUAUUGUCUGCACAGAGAGUUCAGACUUUACAGUCCUUGUCCUUGGAAGACAUGAGUACCCUACCUGGAAAGUAUGUCUUUCGCAUCUCUUCUGUUUUAAAACAAACAACUGCCAAAGGGGGCCAGAACAGACAUUUACUACCUGUUACUUUUCAUAGUUACCCCCUGGACAAACGACUGUGUAUCGUGGAGCUACUUUCAGCUUAUGUUAAAAGAACCGCUCCUCUCAGGAAAGAGACAAAGCAGUUGCUUAUUUGCCAUGCUGAGCCUCAUGGACCAGCUUCAAGGGACACACUAUCACGUUGGAUAAAACAAACCAUGAAGGAUGCGGGAAUUGAUACUACGGUU